AUGGAGUUCGCGGAGCUCAUCAAGACCCCUCGGGCGGACAACGUGGUCCUGCACCGGCCCUUCCACCCGCCCGUGGAGGGGACCCUCUGCCUGACCGGCCACCACCUCAUCUUCUCCUCGCGGCGCCAGGAGAACGCCGAGGAGCUCUGGCUGCUGCACUCCAACAUCGACUCCAUUGACAAGAGGUUUGUGGGCUCCCUGGGCACCAUCGUUAUCAAAUGCAAGGAUCUGAGGAUCAUCCAGCUGGACAUACCUGGCAUGGAGGAGUGCUUGAACAUUGCCAGCUCUAUUGAGGCACUGUCCACCCUGGACUCUGUCACUCUGAUGUAUCCCUUCUUCUACCGGCCCAUGUUUGAGGUCAUUGAGGAUGGCUGGAGCUCCUUCCUGCCCAACCAAGAGUUUGAGCUCCUCAGUUCAGUG